AUGGUUGCCAGUGGAUACGGUCGCAGAAGCCAUCGAUUUGGAGGAAUAAGACUUCCAUCCAAGAGUAUGGAUAUUGGCAUAUUAUUUGCUGGAAUAGAAUCGCAGAUGGCACAGAUUUCAUCUCAGCUACAAGCGCAGGAAUCACGUAUAUCAGCACAGAUGGAAGCGCAGGAAUCACGUAUAUCAUCGCGAAUGGACGCACUAGAAUCACGUACGUCAGCACAGAUGGAAGCGCAGGAAUCACGUAUAUCAGCGCAGAUGGAAGCGCAGGAAUCACGUAUAUCAUCGCGAAUGGACGCACUAGAAUCACGUAUAUCAUCGCGAAUGGAAGCACAGGAAUCCCGUGUAUUGCAGUUGUCAUCACAGGUAUCGUCGCAAGUAUUCUCACAAUCGUCAUCGCAGCAGGCAGCACACAUGUCACAGUUUUCAUCGUCGCUGGAUGCAAAGAUUACACAGCUUCAAGACAAUUUAGUCAGAUUUAGCGCGAAACUCAAAGAAAGGGACGGUAGCAUCGAAGAAAAGGAUAUGGAGAAAACGAAUACAAUCGAAACCGAGGUACUCCAGUUGAAAGAUCGUGGCGGCGAAUUACAGUCUGCUCGUCCAGUUUCUUCGGCGAGUUUUACCAAAACUAAAGAAAAAGAAAAUGCUUCUUGUUCAUCUCAGCAUAUGGAUAUCAGCAUAUUAUCGGUUAAAAUGGAUUCUCAGUUGGCACAGAUUUCAUCCCAGCUGCAAGCGCAGGAAUCGCGUGUAAUAUUGUUAGCAGAACAGGUCUCCUCGCUGGUAUUUAAAGAGAGACAGGAUAAAACCGAGACGAAGCUAGAUGAAUUGAAAGAUUGUCUCCAUCAAGAUAAGGACAGGANGGCGCGAAUGGAAGCACAGGAAUCCCGUGUAUUGCAGCUGUCAUCACAGGUAUCGUCGCAACUAUUCUCACAAUCGUCAUCGCAGCAGGCAGCACACAUGUCACAGUUUUCAUCGUCGCUGGAUGCAAAAAUUACACAGCUUCAAGACAAUUUAGUCAGAUUUAGCGCGAAACUCAAAGAAAGGGACGGUAGCAUCGAAGAAAAGGAUACGGAGAAAACGAAUACAAUCGAAACCGAGGUACUCCAGUUGAAAGAUCGUGGCGGCGAAUUACAGUCUGAAAAAGAAAAUGCUUCUUGUUCAUCUCAGCAUAUGGAUAUCAGCAUAUUAUCGGUUAAAAUGGAUUCUCAGUUGGCACAGAUUUCAUCCCAGCUGCAAGCGCAGGAAUCGCGUGUAAUAUUGUUAGCAGAACAGGUCUCCUCGCUGGUAUUUAAAGAGAGACAGGAUAAAACCGAGACGAAGCUAGAUGAAUUGAAAGAUUGUCUCCAUCAAGAUAAGGAGAGGAUCGAAGAGAAACAGGAGAACACCACAGAAUAUGUUAAGGGGAAAAAGGAAAAAAUCCAAACAUGCCAGGAUAAUAUCGUAGAAGAUGAUAAGGAGAAAAUUAAAGAGAGACAGGAUAAAAUUGAGACCAAGCUAGAUGAGUUGAAAGAUUUUCUUCAUCAGCUACACUUGAAUCGUCCGAUUGUUUCAACGAUUUGUCCAUCGUUUGACGGUAGAAGUAUUCCUUUCAAGUCGUUUAAGCUGCAAUUUGAGAAGGCGGCAACAGCAAGUAACUGGAGCGUGGAAGACAAAGUCACUAUGUUAAUUUUAAAUUUGAAAGGAUUUGCGGCGGAGAUUUGGCUGGAUAUUCCCGUUUGGAAAAGAAAUAGCUAUGAGGCGAUUAUGCGUGCUUUGGAACGGCGCGCUGACUACACAGAGUAG